UUUACAUUGAUGGAAGCGGCGACUGUCAUGGGGUUGUAAUGUCUCGACAAGGAAAGCAAGAGGAGAACCUUAAAGACAGAUUGAAAAGUCUAUUCCGCAUCAAAGACAAAUCUGCCCCAGUUGCUUUCCAGAGACCGACUGUUAGAGAGUUCAUUUUCACUCCUGAUGUGUUAAAGGACAUUGGUCCUGAAAGUCCAGCCAACAACAGACUUCGAACCAUCAGAGAAUUGUGUAACACUGUUCAAACUAAAAAGUUAGAGGAGAAUGCAAUUGAAGCUCUAUGGAACAGUAUCAAGGAUCUGGUGCAGCCUGGGACACCAUCGGAGAGUCGACAGAUAGCUCUCCAUUUCCUACACUCACUCAUAGAAGGACAGUUGCAGUACCUGGGUAUACUGAGGGCUCACUUCUUCAGUGUGAUAGAAGACCUGUCUAACCAUGAGGAUCUCUCACAAAGGUUAGAGUUAUUCAAGGCUCUGAGUGAGAAUGGCCGGAAUUUAGGAGAGUUUGAAGAAUUGGCAGGUCCCCUGCUGCUACGUAUGAUGCCAGAUGUGCUGGCUUCAGGAAACAUGUCCACAUUUCUACAGCUACUGGUCCAAACUGUUAAAUAUAAUGCAGCCUACCUUGAUGAAGAUGUCAUCUGUGGGCUUGUCAAACAAACCUGCAUGAUACCUAACAGAUCACGAUCUGAGGAGAAUAUCAAGAUGUGUCUGGACAUCCUGGAUGCGGUAGUGUGCUACAGCUAUCUCCCCUGCGAAUGUCUGCAGCAUGUGAUUGCAGCCCUUUGUCGGAUGAUCAACAUGCCGAAGUACUGUCUAAAUAGUUGGGAGUUGAUGAAGAAGUUGUUGGGAACACAUCUUGGUCACAGCAGUAUCUACACCAUGUGUUGUAUGCUCCAGGACAGAAGACAACCUACAGACCAUAACUUAUUGCGGGGUUCUGUGUUCUUUGUGGGGAUGGCUCUCUGGGGCUCAAAGAAGGUGCCCACACUUAAACACACCUUCUCCUCCGUACUACCUUCCUUCCUCCAGGUACUGUCCACCAACAGUCACAUAGUCGCCUAUGAGGUGGUGCUGUCUAUACAUCGUCUAGUGAACAAGUACGGCAAGGAUCUACAACACGUUACCUGGAACAUCAUCAUGGAUAUCCUGGAAGGGCUGCUCAGACUCAUGGAGGUCACUGUGCCAAACCAGCCUCCACUGGACCCCCGAAUGCCUGUUGAUUUCCAUGACAUUCUCUCCAUCAUAGAGGACCUCCAUAUGCAUGGCCAGUUUGCUGGAUGUGUGUCCCGGUUCUUCAAAAUCAUUGAGCUGUGUGCUUCAAAAAGACCGGAGAGUUCUGUAUCCAUGCUGAUUACCCAUCAUGCUCAGAUGAUUUUACCAGUGAAGGAGAAUUGGAUUGAGAAUCUUUACUCUCUGUUAGACAAAUAUUUCAGACAGGAGAGUCGCACAAUGAUAAGGACGAAGGCUCUGGCUGUCCUGUCUUUUGUACUUAGUGUCAACAAACACAUGCACGAGGACGAACUGAUCACUAAUAUCGUGCUACCACACCUUGGUCAGAUAGACCAGGACAGUGACCCUGAGGUGAGGAAGGUCGCCGCGGAAAUGCUGCUGUGUCUGGCCCAGAGCUGUAGCCACCAGUGUUUUCUACACAUCAUAGUUCUUUUAGAAAAGCUGAUUGACAAGCCAUUGGUAGCCAUGGUGACAACCCGGUACCCAUCAACGGAAGGAGCAGAGGCCAUACAACAUCAUGAUGAAAGCCACCUGGUGGACAUAAAAACUGGGGCUAUGGGGCUGGUGGACCUCCUCCGAAUUAAGCUGUACAUGUACCCCUCGAGUGAGUGUCAGGAGAUCUAUCAGCUGACUCUGGGCCACCUGAGGACACAGUACUCCAGCAGUCAGGACUACAGUAGUCAAACUGCAGCAGUCAUCAGGAAAAGUAUCAUGACGGCACUGCUCCAAAUGCGUUCUGAUAGUUUGAGCAGGUUGGGCUUCAUCAACCUUGAUCAGGACACACAACCCAAGUUCAGUCCAUAUAUUGUUUGUGAAGUGAAGUGUGACGAGGAUGCUGUGACAGUCCCCUCCAGCCCAAACCCUGUCCCCAAGGAGUCCUCUAAGUUCCUGUGGACAAGUGCCACUCUACUGAACUACACUGAAGCCUUCAGCCUCUUCAUCACUUGUCUACAGCACGACCUUGACUGGCAGGUUAUUGAGUGUGUGCUGGUCAACCUUCCCCUGCUGCUUCAGAACAAGACUCUGAUCCUCUCUACCCAGGGAGACCUCAUAGACACUCUGUGUCAUGUACUUUGUGCCAUGGUAAAUGACCGCCAGUUGGGAUUUCCUGAAAAACUGACAAAUGUUCCAUUUGGAAAGUUUACCAGGUCAGAUUUCCAUGCGUUUAUAUUUCCUGUACUUGCAUCCAUGGUUUCCUACCACAAGCAUCUUGACAGAAACAGACAGAAAGAGUUGAUCAAGUGCCUUGAGUUUGGUUUGGUGUCCAAGUGUGCCAAGCUGUGUACCAACGCCUUACGUUUGUGUACACUGGAGAUGCAGGAAGUGAUGAUGAGGCAGCUGCCGUCGGUCCUGCUCCAGCUCUCCAAAAUAUCUGCCACUAUCUCCAUGGCAAUACCUGUACUUGCAUUUCUUUCAAGUAUUGUACGUCUGCCAAAGAUGUAUGCCAACUUUGUUGAGGAUGAAUAUAUGAGCGUGUUUGCGAUAGCAUUGCCAUAUACUAACCCGUUCAAAUUCAGCCAUUACACUGUGUCCCUGGCUCACCAUGUCAUCGCUAUCUGGUUCAUACGCUGUCGAGUCCCUUUUAGGAAAGGCUUUGUCAAGUUUAUACAGAAGGGACUGCGAGCCAAUGUGCUGCAAUUGUUUGAGGAAAACUCCAUGCUGCAGCUUCAGAAUGAGGACUCGACUGACAGGAACAGAGCAGCCACGUGCAACGAGGCAGCUCUCAGCAGUCGGCGGAGAAUGCUGUCUGGGUCAUCUAUAUCCAGACAGAGAUACCACCCCCCAGUAGACGACAAGAUGUCACAGUUCCACAAGGAGCUCACAGAGACAUGCACAGACUUCAUGGCCAGAUACACAUUUGCCAACUACAACGCUGUCCCUCACAGGUCACAGGAGGCAGAAUUUCUGCUGAAAGGAGGACAGACCAAAACAUGGAUGCUAGGGAAUAAAGUGGUUACUAUAACAACUAGUGGGGGUGGCAAUAAUAAGUUUGGUAACACAUGGCUGUGUGACCAGUGUAUGGCCCAGAUCCAAGGUGGAGAACCCCAAGAGAAGAAGCUGCCUCAGCCAGACACCCCGGGGCGCCGACGCCAUAAGUCUGCUGUGCUUAGCCGAAGUACAAGUACGGUACAGGAGUCCUCCAAGUCAAGUAGUGAUGACAUCGGUAUUCAGGCACACACAUCUUAUGAUGAUACGAGUCUUAUAGGGGAGGAACAGCAGAAUGUAGCAGUACAGACAGGUCGUUCACUGACUGAACACUCACCCUCCAAACCUGGAUUCGACACAGAGGCCAUAGAGUCCCUUCUCUGGGGGGUGAAGAACCAGACAUCAGAUGGACGUGUGCUGAACAGUCUGAUGUGUAACUGUUGGUGUACUGGAUGGGCAGAAAUCAUGAUACGUGCCCCAAGCGGAAACCUAUCGUGGAUGAUGCGUAUCGAGAAUGAGACAAGCCUGACUUCUCUCCAGGAGUCGCCCAUGACCGACAUCACCAUGCUGUUUGCAGCCAUGCGUAACAAGCCACCAGACAUGGACAGUCUGCGGAGCUCGAGUCGGAUAGACAGCGGGAGUAUUGGGGAGGAGGAGUAUGAGUCCUUGUAUGACCUCCACUUCCCCUCAGACUCCAGCAGUGACCACAGAAGUUGUGACAUCCAAGUAAAGGCAGACAAAGAAAUUAACCUAAGCCAGUCUGAAUCAAUUUCCAAGGAGGAUGGAGGUCCAGCUUUGGCUACUGAGAACAGUCCUAAUGAUCCGGCCUCCCAUACCCACCUCCUCAAAAGGAGUAACUCUUCCCCCUCCCUGCUCAGUGGCAGUGCUGACAAUGUCGACAUGAAGGAAAGCAUCAGUGAUAUGGCCCUAGUGGACGUCAACCGAGCAGAAAGAGAGGUGGGGCCUAGUAUCAACGCCCACAGCCAAUCAGCUCAUUCCAACAGUGCCAACCUGAGCUUAUCUUUGUCAGACAACCAUGAACGUAGAAGACCACCUCCGCCACUUACUAACCUUAGCCAACCAACCUCACCAGUGAAGGGUAGCCAUCACCUGCUAGAUUUAUCUCAGUCACCAGACAGUUCCGAAACAUCUUCUCUUCAGGAUGAGGUAACAGAUCUUCCUGCCUUCAGAAAGUUAAGGGGUCACACCAUCUCCAUAGUUACAACAGACUCAAAAGGCGAGGAGAAAUAUGUGCAAGGGAGGUCAAAGGUCAUCACCCCAAAGGAGAGUGGGCGUGGGGGCGUGAACCCUAGCUUUGUGUUCUUGCAGCUGUAUCAUGGGGGCAUGUUACACCAGGGCAAUGACAUGCCUAUCCUACUGCCAGACAAUCAGGCUAUUACAAGAGGUUUGAAGAUGCUUGACCACAUACAUCCAUACGAGACUCACAAAGUCGGCAUAAUCUAUGUAGGGUCUGGCCAGACCAAGGAUGAGAAGGCGAUCCUACGCAAUCCAUAUGGAUCAGAGAAGUAUGCCCAGUUCCUGCAGGGCCUGGGACACUUGAUACGCCUGUCUGACUGUGACCCUAACAGGGUAUACAUUGGGGGACUGGACGUUCAUGGCAGUGAUGGACAGUUUGCCUACAGCUGGCAGGAUGAGACUAUGCAUGUGAUUUACCAUGUGGCGACCCUGAUGCCUAACAAGGACUCCGACCCAAAUUGUAAUGCCAAGAAGCUCCACAUAGGAAAUGACUAUGUGACCAUCGUGUAUAAUGACAGUGGGGAGGACUACAAGAUCGGGGCUAUCAAGGGACAGUUUAACUAUGUGAAUAUCGUUAUCAAACCCCUGGACCACGAGAGUAAUGCAGUCACUUUACAGGCUAAGGAAGUGCCGUUUCAGGACAGGAUAACAACAGAUAUUGCAGAAAUUCUUGGACACAAAGAUACCAAGAUCAUAUCAGAUGCCAACCUUCCAGAUUUGGUCAGACAGAUAGCAGUGAACUGUGAUCUGGCCUCCUUGGUGCUGCAGAGACAACAGAGUCAGCCACAGGACCCCUUUGCUUCUAACUGGUUAGAGAGACUUCGCCAGAUCAAACGAAUCAAGAUGAAGACAUUGACAGAAAACGUGAAACAAGUGGAACAACCAGCAAAACACCAAGAACUUGGAGACUUCACAGAGUUUGUGUGAGAAGACUUUAGUGUCCUGUGAAGACUUGCAGACUUCCCAGAGUUUGUGUGAGAAGACUGUGGUGUGUCCUGUGAAGACUAGGAGACUUAACAGAGUUUGUGUGAGACGACUGUAGUGUCCUGUGAAGGCUUGCAGACUUCACAGAGUUUGUGUAAGAAGACUGUAGUGUCCUGUGAAGAAUUUGGAGACUUCACAGAGUUUGUGUGAGAAGACUGUAGUGUCCUGUGAAGACUAGGAGACUUUACAGAGUUCGUGUGAGUAGACUGUGGUGUGUCCUGUGAAGACUUGGAGACUUAACAGAGUUUGUGUGAGAAGACUGUAGUGUCCUGCGAAGACUAGGAACCUUCACAGAG